UAUAAGUACGCGCCAUCACGCGCGCUUAAAUGGUUUUUGUUUUUUGUUUUCAUUGCUAGCAAAAAAAUCUUGGAAUUUCUUGUGUUUUGAUUUUAAAAAGAGCCUUAUAUAUCACAAAUUUUGCUAAAGUCAUACUCGUGAUUAAACAAAUCGGACUCACUCACUCGUAUGAUUACAGGCCGAAUUGGACUCCACUCAGUCCUGUUACCAUUACAAAUAUUGAAUCAUUAAUUCGAGUUAUAUACAAUCACGUCGCUUUACUUACUUUGAUUAGUGAAUGCUGUUAUACAACACUGGGAAAGUAGCAGAUGAAGUCUAAGAAACCAUUCAGUAGCAGGACACUUCAGUUGGUUACCGGUACGCCAAAAACAGAUAGAAUCUUCAACAGGACUGAAAUUAAAUUUCAAGGAUUUAUUUUACGUUGUUUGGACUGUAUAGCUCAUGUAAUUCGUCAAAGCUUAACACAUUGAAAUCGUAUUGAGUAUUUUAGCAUCGCGGUCGUCAUAUCGGUGUUCAAUAAUCUAUAGAUUUCUCGACAGUAAACCAUUUGUGCUGUUUUUAAACAGUUGUAUUCGGGAUACUAAUUGAAAAGCUUCUAACGGACACUGUAUAACCCAUACGUCGCCCAGAAUGCCAUUGUUGACUGAUUAUGCCACUGGUUCAGGUCAAAACGAAGAGUUCUGAUAUUUUUCCACUGAAAAACCAUGUUGUUUGUUAAGACUCGCAACAACACUAAAACACAUUCAGUACACAAUACUGAGGGAUAAAGAGCCCCAGAGUAGCAAUGCUGUCACUCACACGCCUUUUUUUUAAAUUUCAAUCCCCCACUAUGGGGCGAGAGAAAGACGCGGACGCCUGGGAACUAGAUAACACACUCCGAAAGUCGACCGGUGCCGAAAUAUUAGUUGAUUGCCUUAGAAUUUAAAUGUCAUCACAAUCUCGUUGUUCCCUCUUCUCGUGAUUGAAUUACUCACAAAAGUUGUCCUUGCGCAUUUUGUUGUCCAAAUCUUUAAGUCACUGACAAUAAAAAUCUUUUGUCUUUUAGCUUUAAGAACAACCCGAUAACCAAAGCUACCGACGGAGAAACAGAACUUCAGCUUGCUUUGAACACCGCUCAGGUUGGACGAACAUUCCAAGACAGAACUCAUGUGUUCCUGCUGAAACCACGGAGCGUUCUUCCUUUAAAAUAUCAGAAAAGUGCCAUAAAGUACAUCUUUGGGAUGGGAAAGAGAGGAAAUAUUGUGCAGGCGUAUCCUUCCAUGGAGUAUCGCUUCUUUCCUGAACUCCUUAGUGUUACAACAGACGAUGUAGUGUGUUUCGUCUGGUCUGGUAAGAACUUUUAGACCAAAUAAAAAUUUAGCUUUUGUUUCAGUGGGAAACUUCAAGAAGCUGAAAAUUAUAUUUCUUUUCUCAGGUCUUGAUCACGUACAGAGGGAAACUUGGUAAAACAAUCGUGUUAUGGGGGGGGGGGGGGGUUAUACCUUGUUAGCCUUAACAAGGAUGUGCCGCUGAACAAGGUAUGGUUUUGUUGCCGGUGUGCAGUCUACAAGCGUGAUACGAAGUUAUAACAACGGUCUCUUGUCUUAAUCAGAGUCAGGUUUUGAAAAUCUCGGCGGCACACCCUUUCCCAAACUUCAAAUGAUUGCCCCCUUGGAACGUAACUCACCAUGGAUAGUAAAUAUUCUAAUCAUAUCAGAACGCUGAUUCCCGAGCAAAUGAAGUAACAAAUGGAAAACACAAUUAAAUAAAGGGAAAAUGCUUUGAUCUUUAAUCAAAUUCUUUAUGCCGAGACGUAUGGAGAUCCUUUUGGAGAACUGAUAUGUGGAUAAUGGGAGACUCUUUACCUAUUUCCUCAGUCUCUUUUCUUCUUUUUCAGGCUCAAAUCAUAAUCCGAGGGGCCGUGCUGGCCAAGGGACAGAUCGUAAGUGAUAAAACCCGUGAUUAAAAUUUUCGCUAAAAUUGAAGAUGUUAAAUUUGAUACCAUUCUCGUUACGUGGAACCAACAGUGGGCCUAUGAUCGUCUUUCUUUGUUAUUUAGAAACGGAUCGUACCAACGUGUGCUUUGUGGAGGAAGGAUGCAGUUCCCUCAAACCCCCCACUUGUUCCAGCGCUUUUCUCGAUGUGGUUGACCAUGUGGAUGGAUUUGACAGCGACAAGUUGAAUCUGCACCUCAAUAAAGGCUGUUACACCGGUUCCGCCAAACUGGAUGCUGAGCUUAAUAAUGCACCAGCUUCCUGUAAUCCACCAUGUUUCCGCAUCAUGUUGCCUGGGGAAUACUGUUAUAUGGGCACUCGCAAUAACCAGUUCUCUAAUCGACGUCACGUGGGAAAGAUCAUUGUUACCCAAGGCACUGUUUUCCCCAAGUUUGAGUACGGGAGCAAGUCACACCCUGGAAAGUCGUGUAAAGAUAUCAAGGACAAAGUGAAAGAGAAACGUACUAAUGGAAUCUACUGGAUUAUGAUGAACGCCAAAGGUUAGUUAAGCUGACCUAUGCUGAACUGUGUGUCAAAGUUAUUGUUUCUGAUGUAAUUGGUCAAUAAACAAACGUUUUAAGAUGACUCGAUGGGGGUUUUCAGGGUCAAUACCUCCCACGUUUGGGCUUAAACUACGUCGCCAUUAACAAGGAUUUGGAAAAAUUACCAUCACUGUACAGCUGUAUCAUAGAUAAAGAUGAAAAUUUGUUAUGAUCAGGGUUAUAAAGACAUCGGAGUUGUCACAGCCACGAAAUGACGCCAUUACCUAUUUUACUUGCAGCCGUAUUUUUCGGCACUGGGAACUCUUCUUCCAAUACUUCGCCUCUAUGCUAUUGAUGUUUAAGCGAAAUCUAUAAAGGCGUUAUCGAGAUAUUUUGGGAUGACAUUUUUAUGGUUAGAAAUGCAGUAAUAACUGGACAAUCUUGACUUUCGGCCGUUUAUCUGUAGAAAUCGAAGCGCUUUUGAAAUGCAAUUUCACCUCAUAUUACUGUUUCAAUAUUUUUAAAAACGUGUGUGAAAGAUCAUGGAGAUAGUUUUAGCCAAUUGCUGGAAAGAAGUAUUUGAUUAUUAUGUAUCGAGGCGCUCUCAAGUAAUUAGAGGUUUUGUAAACAUUUUGGUGCACUUAAGUGUUUCGAUACAGUUUUUCAGACCGCAUACCGGUAUAUUUCAAUCGCCUUAAAAGUGUUUUUUCCUUGUCCGAUCGCUAUAAAAUUUUCACCAAUGAUUGACUAUAGAUUGAAAUUUGUCAAAAUGUAGGUUUUAGUAAAAUCGAUAUUACUAUGCGGACAAUACAUAUAUCCAUGACUAGUAAAUUUCAGUGUGAGUAUUGUCAAUGUUUUACAUUCAAAAGAUGCGAUAAAUUCAAACUAAAAGUUACUAGUCAUGGAGGUAUGUAUAGUGCGCAUUAUUUUGGAAAAUUUAGCAUAACGUCAAAACAGUGAAUGUUGUAACGCAGAUUUUUGACAGGUUCGUAGGAUAGGUUUGUCUUGAGAUUUUAAGAUGUUGCAGUAAAUCAAUCUCAAUGAAAGUUUGCGACCUUAUUAUAUACAUUAUGAAGAUUAUGUGAAGAGAUUUUAACAAAAUUCGUUCGAGUCGUUUCAGAGAUAUACAAAAAAGCGCUGAAAGUCCAAAUUUUGAAUGAAGUUGCCCUUAGACAGGUGGUGAGAAAACGCGUUAGUUCUCAAGAUCGCAAGAACGAAAAUACAGCAAAAUUUCCUAUCAUCAAAAUAUUAAGCAGCAUUCUGAUGUUACUUAAGAAUAAUUUGACUCAUUUAUAACGUUUUUAUUAAAUAAUCUAUCACGGCUAUUGAAAAUUAAGGUUUGAAAUAUAUUUUCGUUUUAGUCGAAUUCACUGAACAUACAGAAUUUUUUACUUCUUACGGAGAUUGUUUGCUAAACACCAAACUUUAAGCUCCUAGUGUUGGAUUUUCAGUAGCUGGUCUAAAUCACAAAAUUCGGCUUUUGUAUCAAUUUCAAAGUUUUUUGUUUAUUGUUGUCAUAGUACAGGUAAUAUCGAUUUUACUUAAAACUACAUUUUCACAAAUUUCAAUCCAUAGCCAAUUACUGGUGAAAAUUUUAUAGGGAUCGGACGAGGAAAAAAAACACUUUUAAGGCGAUUGAAAGAUAUCGGUAUGGCCUCUGACAAAACUAUAUCGAAACACCUUAAACAAACGAGCGAAUAAUCUGAAAACUGCUCAACAGAUCUUUCAACAAAACUGAGAUUCUUGAGAUUAACAGUCGUUUUAUGACCUUUUAGUUAGUUCAAGAUUAUUGAUAUCUUGUAAAAUAAGGGCCACAAUUUGCUAAUUUUUCGUCGGAAACUUUGUGUUAACUAGUGAGAGCCUUUCAAUAUCCAGGGUAUUGUUUCCAAAUGUCUUUUUCACGUGAACAGCAGUAACUAACAAUGCAUUUUAAACAUGUAGAAAUGUCCUUUACGUCCUUCAGGCUUGCCGGGAUUCGAAGAGUGUAGCGCUGCAUCAGUAUCUCAGAGAUCAGGGUUCGAAUCUCGGCAAGCCCGCAAAUCGUUAGACCUUGUAGUCUUUUUGGAUAAGUACGAUAAACCGAAGGCUCCUCCUAAAAGCUCUUUCAUGACUCCCUGACCCUUGAGGGACGUACAAGGACCCACACUGCUGUUCGUUAUAAGAGUAAGGGACGUAUGUCCUUGUUAGAUUCACAUCAGGUUUAAAACUGCCUGAUAUAACAAUAGCUUUAUAUCAAAUAAGGGGCGUAGACCCUUGUAGUGUUCUUUAUGUGUGUGUUGCUGCAAAUCCACAUCAGUUUUAAAGCUGCCCAAUGGAACAAUCUGUCAUAUCUAACAAAAUGAGGAUGUGGACAAUAGCGAUUUAUUGUAGAACUUACACAAAGCAGUUCCUUGUCUACUAUAUUCCUGAUCAAAUUGGAAUUUGAAAAUCUUGGUUUUGGAGAAGUGGAAAACCGGGGUACCCGCAGGGGCCCGGGGGGCCCGCCCCCACUUAUUUUUAGACCAACAUGAGACCACCCCCCCUUAUCUCACGUUCUGGAUGACCGGGCUCCCCCCCUCCCCCCCUUAUCUGAAGGUCUGGAUCCGCCUUUGACCCGGAUAAAAACCUUUGGCGGCCCAAUCAUAAUACUCAACUUACGGCGUGAAUAGUACGGCAGCUCUACGGCGUAGUUAGCAAGAUUUCGAACCCGGCCGGUGGUGAUAGGCCGGUGUAUUCUCACCACCGCACCGCACCAUGGGCGUGUUGCCCUUCUAUUUAACUGUUUCAGUAACAUUCACGAUUGUCCUUUCUUUUCCUUUACUGUCCGUGUAUAGCAUGUUCAAACCCACUCGGGAUGGAGAAGGCAAGUAUAACCAAUGCCCAGAUCACAGCUUCCAGCCAAUACUACCCUCCAUACGAAUCAUUCAAUGCCAGGCUGAAUUCCAAGACUGGCUCAUGGGUCCCCACAGCUCUUAACGGUCAACAGUGGCUGCAAGUGGAUCUUGGUAAGAAAACUGAGGUGACAGGAAUAAAGACCCAGGGACGACAUGACUCUGGACAAUGGGUUACAAGUUACCGUGUCUCCUACAGCAACGACGGCUCCACCUUCCAAAUCUAUAGGGAAAACAAUAAAGACAAGGUAUGUAUUCAAUUGAAAACUGUUGCAAGAGCAAGUCAGGGAAUAACGUAAAUGCUUGAAUAAGCAUCCCCAGUACGAAAAACUACCAAAACAGCUCCCUGUCCUAAUAAACACCACUCUUCCCCAAGAAAAACCCAACGGAGCCUAUAGUUUACGUUAGGCUACCUCGUUGACACCUGUGCAUAAUUCAUUAUAGUAAUAGAUAGGUCUUAAAAAGACGAUUGGUCAGAAAAGUGAAACUUAGUAACAGCAUGAUUUAAAGGUGAAUUUCAAAUUUGAACCUGGCAUGCUCAAUUUAAAUUUGCGUUUCUACUAGAUAUAUGACACUUCUAAGUUUAAUUUACCACUUCAGGUCUUCAUAGCAAACCGGGACUCUGGAACAGUGGUUUCUAACGGUUUGAGCCCUGCCAUACACGCACGCUACAUCCGGAUACUUCCUUACACCUGGCAUAGUCAUAUUGCUAUGAGAAUAGAACUCUUGGGAUGUCGUGUAUCAGGUAGAUACAGAUUAUUCACCUUCACUUCAAUUCAAUCAACAUACAGCCUUUUAGUUUCUUACAGAUUGCAACUGAUUAUGGCGAAGUGUUUAAGUGAUCGUAGAAUUCAGUGAUGGACCUAGGGUAGGGCGCCGGGGAGCCCGCAUCCCCCUUAUUUUUAGACCAAACUGAGGCCCGAAAAGCCGGAAAAACAAUUCUUUGAGGCCGCCACCACCCCCCCUCCCCCCUUAUGACCGUGCCCCUCUUAUCUGAGGGACUGGAUCCGACAUUGGAAUUAUAAACAAGUACAGCCCAAUUUUGACCAGAUUUUGGUAUUAUCGCAUCUUUAAGUCCUUUAGAAAACGGCGCAUUAUUUUUAGCUUAUCAGCUAUGAGGUUUAUUCCUUACUUAGCCAUUGAUGAUUUCCUUACUCCAUCUGGUUCUGCUUUUACGUCGACGGUGAAGUUAUCAUUAAAAGUUCACAAAGCUGAGAAUGAUGUUUUUUCAGUCAGUGACAUAGGUGAAUCGGGAAAAAAAAUUGGAGAAAAUAACUGGACAACAUCAACGGCAAAGUUGUUUCCCCUGCUUUAUCUUAUUUGGUUUAAAAGAGAUAGGGGUGGAAGGUAUUCGGUCUGAGUGAAAACUUGUGAUCUGUGAUCUGUGAUCUGAGUGAAAACGUGUGAUCGGGCGAGUACAACCUGAACGUCACUCUCUCACAUGGCGAGUGUCCCAAAAAAAUAUGUUUACAUAUUGGUUUAAGCUGCAUCCUCUGUUUUUAUUGUGGACUUCUGUUGAGUCGUCAAACGCUUCAAUUUUCGAGACUGGUGGUUGGGGCCCUGCUGAUCAUAACAUGUAAGUCGUAUUCUGAGAUAACAAGCCUGAAUAUUUAACUAGAAAGCAAAAAUAUUUAAGACAUUCGGUAGGGUUGAAACAUUUUCGGUGCUGGGAUACUGUGUCGUCAAAGUUUUCAAAAAUUAAAGUUUCGUUUUCAUCCUCUACACAACUAUGGCAAACCAAAACUUUCCACUCUGGAAAGCGUUUUCUUCAAGUUGCGGAUUCGGCUGCCAUUUUCAUCGGAUUCAUCCGUAACAAAACGACCACGAAUUCGCGGAUUCCGUAUAAUAUAUCAGAAUAAGUCUGGACGGGGCCUGUACAGUCAUUGUGAUGUACGUGGCGUUGUUUCGGAGUUUUCAAGUAUUCAGUGAUGACCUGUUGGGGACAAACUAUGUGGGCGAAAUGGCAAGUUCUAAAUACUACAAUUAUCCUGCGGGGCAGACGCAACAAAUUAAAGGGGGGGGGGGGGGGGAGAGGAGAAAGGGAGAAAAGCAAAUCCCAAUCCCGUCUCUCUUUUCCCUAGUUUAUUACCCUUCCCUUUCAUACAGCAUGUUGCCUUCUCUUACACGAUCGUACACAUAUUUUCAGCGCUAACGUUUGGCCCGCGCAUGCGUGUGUUAUUCUUGUGCUGAUUAUACACUUUAAAUUCAUAAGUUCCUUCAUCCCUUAAAGCACCAAUGCAGUUACGAGGACCGACAUAUUUUCUCUGUUUUUGUUAAUAGUCCCAAAAACUGCAUUUCCAGUUUUUUGCGACAUGGACGCCGGAGGUUAGUGACAUAAAGCCAUUGCUUUUUACUUGUGACUGUCAGAGGCUGUUUUUAAUUUUCUUGUCAGAUUUCUAAUUCCUUUUUUAGUCAAGGGAAAGAGGAUUCUAUUUACCUUAUUGAGAGAGAAUGAAAGAUUACUGUAUGUGUAUGAGGUUGAGUGAAGAUUGAAGGAUGGUACAGAUCAAAGAGUGUGUUAUCUACCGGAGCCAAUGGCUGAGGCGGAUAACACCUCCGAGAUCUGCAUAAAUCUUCGUGUCAUACGAAAGCCGACUUUUAAGAUCAAUCAAUCAAUCAAUCAAUCAAUCAAUCUUAGUUCUUACAAAGCACAUGAUUACAGUAAAAUGCAGUUCAUAGUAUCGAAGCCAGAGGCUUAUAUGGCAUAGGUCAAGGUCAAGAACUUGUAAGCCAAAAUGUGCUAUCAUAAUGUUCAAUUCUACUAGUCAUUUGUUUACAAUAAGUAGUAAUAAUAUAUAAAUAUUAAUAAGUAAUUGUUGUAAUUGUUUUGUCAUUCGUUUUAAAUAUUUCAAAAUCUAAAACACAUUUAGUGCUAGAAACAUUGCUAGCUCUACUGUCAGUCCUUAGUCAACGUAUUGCAGUGGGUCUGAUCUUUGUAUAUUCUUCCUGUAUUUUUUUAAGUGAUUGGGUUAUUUGAUCUCCCCGUUCGAAUUUCGGGUGCAAUUAACCGUAUUUUUGCGUCGAUCCUUCAAAGGGUUUGCAGCGAUAAUUUAUAUUUCUCGAAGAAGCUUCACGUCUUGCUGGCAGCGCUUUUGAAAAAACAAAUCGACGAUUUUGCAGUCGAACCAUUUUGGCUCUUUUUUUCUCUACCAUUAAGUCGCAGCCUUGUUUUCAAGGUGUCUCCUUCGCCUCUAUUAAAAGUGGUUGGGCUUGGGAACAACAAAUGAAUGAACCACUUUGGAAAUUAGUUGUACAUCUGCUAAACUAUUGACGUCAUAGAUCUUAUGCGACUCACUGCGAUUAACGCUUUUUACCCAGGUUGGACAAUGGUGUUUAAGGCUGUGGGCGGAGUGGAGAGAAAUGUCUAUGAAGUUUAUAAAUCUGAUCAAACUUCAUCCGAGGUUGAAGAGGAAGCUCUCGACAUCACUAACAAGCACCGCGAUCACUAUAAGAACAGGAUAGUUUUAGCAUGGGAGGCAUUUGCCGCAUCUGAGGUACUUUCUCACAGAUAUUAAAAUCAUCUUAGUCAAAUAGCGACCGCAGGGGGCGGUGGAGGGGGGUGUGUCCUAGAAAAUAGGUGUUUCAGUCCUCCUGCCAGUAUGACGUCACGUCUCACGUCAGUGACUUUCAAAGAGACGAAGAGACGGAUACAAAUUUUUAAGAUUUGGAGAUUUUAAGAUCCCUAUUGUCAUAAAAACCAGACUUUGGUACUUUUUUUGGAAUGUCCAGCAAAUUUUCGGAGCAUUUAUAUCGACCAGUCAUCCUUUUAAAAGGGCCGGUGCAGAGCAAUAGGAGGUUUAUGAAAGGGUAUACUAAGCUUUAAGUCUGCGCAUUUUUGGCUCCUAAGAGCCAAUGGAUCCCCAUAUCAAUCCCUUUAAUAUAAAGUUUGCUUCCCGCACCAAACUGUAUAUUAGUGAUACAUAUUUCCAUACACAAUUUUUACAAUAUCACCGAGUACAGCACACUGUCUUUUGUUGUUGUUGUUGUUUGUUUCUGCAAGCGCCACACAACACGAUGACAACAGUAGAACAAUCACAGCAACAAUUACCUCGAAGGAUUAGCAGCAAGCAACAAUUUAUAACCAAUCCAAACUACCAAACAAUCAGUUUUUCAAAAAGCCAAGUACACAUCGUUAAAGCGCUAUAAGUAAACCAAGUCAGACUAGAAAUACGUUAUCGCAAAAACCUCGCAAAGUUGUAAAGGGUCAGCAGUAAGAAUAAAGGAAAACAGGCCAAAAGGAAAAUAGGAUUAAAACACAAAGACUAAACAGAAGAAAAAACGGUACGAAGAAACAGUAAUGAUUAAAACUGAAAAGUUAUUGGAGAAAAAGUCUUGACCGCGCGACAUAAGCGCAUAACUCAAGUUGAAAUAUAAUAUGUUUCAUUACUAGGCUCGAGUUGGUCUUUAUGAAGGAGGAAAGUCGAAGGUGGAACUGAAAUUCAAUGCUAAGGGAACGGACAACCAAAACUGGUUUGACGACUCCAAACUGACUCAAAGCAGCCCGUGGUCUGAUAUCAAAACGGAGUCAAAGAACUACUUUUCAGUCAGUGGAGAUACAACAAAGAAACGGCACUUCUUCAUCAACCGAGCCUACGCAGGAAAUUGUGCCGGUGAUACCGGGUGGAUGGUAAUUGCUGGUGGAGGAUGUGACUGGGAGAGGGGUCACCAACACAAAAACCCCAUACUGUACAGCAAGUUAUCUAAAUACACUAAAUGGGAGGAGAAAAGUGAGUUAACCAACACAUUGUGUCUUCGUGACUUUAUUUCAGCUUCCGACAUUUUUCUUUUAUGGAGAAGAAUCUCUCAGCGCAAAUCUUUAGGUGAAAAGUUAAAGAGGAGUAAAAUUACAAGAACAAAGUAGUGAUGACGAUUGAGGUAUUAUCUCACCAAGAGAGAAUUAGGAACCUCAUUCUCUCUUGGUCACACUCAUGCACGCAUCGUUUGGACCAAGAGUUACCUAAUUUCCACUUGUUGGAAAGUCGGAGGGGGACAGGAGAUUAUGUUUGGGGAAUACCUGUUCCUUGUCUCCUUUGUGAUAACCCCCAUGAGUGCUGGGAAAACAAAAUACUUUUCACUUGUGAGUGACCGGUAUGGGUAGGAAGGAGCAUCAUAAAAGAUAACGGUAUUCCUUACGCCACUCAUCAAGGCCUUGAGAUAAACUGGGUGCCCACUCUCCAAACAUUUUUCGCACUCCCUGCCAAACCCACCCGAAUUCCCCUUCGCCACUCCUUUUUUUGGAUCCGCCACUUCUUCAAAUGGUGUACUCUUCACCCUUGGGAGAAUACGCCACCCUCUAUUGUUUAUUUCCAUCGUUUUUGCCCACAAUUUAAAAUUAUCAUGAGAAAUAUGGGGGCCUACAUCUUUCAGAUUUUAUACCCGAAUGCAAAAACGUCGUCCCCUUUGCUUUUACUCUUUGAAAAUUGAUGGGGGAGGCAUGUGAUCUUUAGUUUCCUUUUUUUCCACUAGUGUUCUGGUUGUAAGCGGCUGAUUUUUGAUCGACCACUGAGGUCAUAAUCUGCCGACAACCAUAUGUUGGUAAUCUCCAAAAUGGAAGGACCUUUGAGGUUAUCAUGUUAUAGCUCGUUAACUGUUCUUUAUUUUCUUCGUUUUCUUUUUCAGAUGACGUAGGGGAGGCAGACGUCUUGGCAGUGUUUUUGCGUUGA